AUGCUGGUAGUGUUGGCCAUCGUUUUCGGCUGUGUGGCACAAUCACUAGCACUCAACUAUUCUAUAUGUCGUGAAUGGUCAGGGCAUGACUUUUACGAUCAAUUUUUCUGGUUCAACUACGAUGAUCCCACACAUGGGCUCGUGGACUAUGUCGACCAGCACACAUCGCGCGAAACAAAUCUGUCCUACGUCGAUCCGUCGACGGGCCGCUUUGUUAUGAAGGUGGAUAUGGGUGAUCCGGUGCCGCUGCAUGGCAAUUGGUCCAACAUGGUCCGGCGUAGUAAUCGCAUUCACUCGAAGGAAUGGUUUGAGGACGGCUUCUAUAUCAUCAAGGCCACGCGCAUGCCAACAGGGUGUGGCGUCUGGCCAGCUUUUUGGACAUCUACGGGCGACCAAUGGCCGGAGGGAGGCGAGAUUGAUAUCAUUGAGGGCGUGAAUGGUAAGGGACCCAAUUUAUCUUCCUUGCAUACCGCCAAGAAUUGCAGCAUUGAUGCUCGCUUUAACAGCAGCCAGCUUGGGAAUCUCGAGCGCACAGACUGUGCUUUCCAGCCUGGAUGCGCUAGUAAAUAUAACGACCGCCUGUCUUUUGGGCAUGCAUUCAAUAAUAAUGGUGGGGGAUACUUUGCUCUUAUGCGCGACACGCGCGUAAACGGAUCUGGUAUUGGCGUGUACUUUUGGCCCAACAAUGUCAAACCAGUGGACAUCCCGGACCAGGUGGCGGCGCCUCCUCACAAGGCGCCUGGUACGCUGGAUAGCGAUAAGAUGCAAAAUUGGGGCAAGCCGCAAGCAUUCUUUGGCUACAAUGACGGCUCCAACACACAAUGUGACUUGGCUAAGCACUUUGGAAAACACCAGAUCAUUUUUGACACGACGCUGUGUGGCACAUGGACGAAUAAUCACAAGAAAGACACGAGCGGAUGUCUUGUUUCGUGCGUCGACUUUUUGUUAAACCAUGGACCUGAAUAUGCAGACGCACGUUGGGAAAUUGAUUAUGUGCGGUUGUACGCAAACAAAUGCGACAAGACCCAUGAUGACGAUGACGGCGCCGUUUCUAUGGUCGCCUCGACAAAGACCAUGAAAUAUUGUAUUAUUUUAGGCAUGAUGCUAGUGACGAUCGUCACAGGCAGUCUGUAA